UCAUUAUACCCAUCUAGAACUUUCCAGCAAGAGCUACAGAUUGUAGUUUCUGCUAGCUUCCCCAUCACUGUCAACACGUUCUAGCCCCAUGGCAACCGAACGCAGUUUCCCAGAUAGCUUCAUUGACGAGGAUCCACAGAAAGCUCUUGGGGAACUAAAUGAAGCCUUGGAAGGAAACUCUGGCAAUGCAGAAUGGUUUUGUCAACGAGCCUACGCCCACCUUCAAAUGAAAAACUACAGCUGUGCUGUAGACGAUGCCAAGAAAGCCCAGGAGCUCAAUCCCAGCCUUGCUCUUGCCUUCCUGAGAACAGGAAUUGCCGAGUACCACCUGAACCACUUUGAGUCAUCACACGCUGCCUUUACUCAUGGACACAGUCUGGAUGUUUCAGAUAACACUUUCAAAACAUGGAUCAAACGCUGUGAGGAGAUAAUGGGGACAGCUAAUCAGAAUGGAAAGGAGAACAAGACACCAACGCCACACAUUAAGCAUGACUGGUACCAGACUGAGUCCCAAGUAAUCGUCACCAUCAUGGUGAAAAACGCUCCUAAGGAAGGGGUCGACGUCAACUUCAAUGAGCGACAGUUGUCGGCAGUAGUGAAGCUGCCUUCAGGGGAGGACUUCAGCCUGAACAUUAACCUGUUGCAUCCAAUCGUUCCUCAACAGAGCACCUUCAAAGUCCUAUCUACCAAGGUGGAGAUCAAGAUGAAGAAGUCAGAGGGGAUCAGGUGGGAGAAGCUGGAAGGAGAAGGACAGGAGCCCAACGUCAAACACUUCACCCCCAAGCAAUACCCGUCGUCGGCCCACUCCAGCCGUAACUGGGACAAGAUGGUGGUGGACAUCAGUGAGGAGGAGAAGAAGGAGAAGCUGGAGGGAGACGCAGCACUCAACAAACUCUUCCAACAGAUAUACUCUGACGGCACUGAUGAGGUCAAACGGGCCAUGAACAAGUCCUUUAUGGAGUCAGGUGGUACGGUCCUGAGCACCAACUGGACUGAUGUGGGGAAAAGAACAGUAGAGAUGAGCCCUCCAGAUGAUGUGGAGUUCAAGAAGUACUGAAGAACUAGAGGGGUGUAUCCCUCUCUCUCCCUUUACUACAGUGUCCUACUCUCCCUCUCUCUGCCUCAAAUGGACUGCCCCAUUUCGCUUUCCUCCAAGGCCACCUUACUCCCCAGAAGCCACCUCUUCCUACUCCCCCUUCCAGCCCAUCUGUCACUAUUGGUUUUGGUGUUUUUCAGCAGCAGUCCAGGAACUGCUGUUUACCCUCUUGUAAAGUUGUUCUCCUAAAACUAGGGAAAGUUGAGUAGUAAAGUCAUGCGAUGCCAUAAGACAACGUGGAAAUCAACUGCUGUCCAGGUUCUGUUUUAUGGAACCAGGGUAAAGAAAGCGAUUUGGUUUUAUUGGAUCCUGGCCUGAGAAUCCCUGAUGUUGCAUGUUGGUUUCAGGGCCUUUCAUUUUGGAGGAGGAAUGGAAGAUUAGGGGAUUUUUAUUGUCCCAUUCACCAUUUUUGUUUUUGAUGUAAUUUUUUCUGAACAAUUCUGAAUAUUGGUUGUUUUCCACAUCAGCAGCAAUACUUGGAAAUCUGGAAUUUUAUUUUUCUUCAAUGUGGUUCAAAUUUCAGUGUACAUAAUAAUAAAAACAUCUGGAUCACGA